AUGAAACUGAUCAUCGUUGCCGGUUUGAUCGCCGCCUGCGCGGCUGGCCGCUUGGAACAUCUAGAGCGCUCCUACCUACCGCCAGACAGCAGUAACAGCCUAGGUUUCGGCAACGGACGCGGCCAGAACGGCUUCGGUUCCAACGGACAGAGUUCUUUCGGGUCCAGCGCUGGCGGUUUCGGUUCUAACGGCGGCUCCCACGGCGCUUUCGGGUCCAGCGGAGGCUCUCACGCUUUCGGCUCUAACGGUGGUCCCUCAGGGAUCGGGUCGAACGGCGGAUCAGGGACUCACGGUUUCCGCUCCAGCGGAAACGGCUUCGGCUCGUCCGGCGGAAACGGCUUCGGCUCGUCCAGCGGAAACGGAAACGGAAACGGAUUCGGUUCCGCCACAUCAAACCAGUACCUGCCACCUAACCACGGACCAUCGGGCUCCAACGGUUUAGGCGGUAACGGACUGUCGUCCUUCAGAGCGCCCAGCACCCAAUAUGGCACACCAGCGUUCGGAAGCAACAGUGGAUUUGGAAGCCAGAGACCUUCAUCCCAGUACCAGCAAGGACAGGAAUCUCAAUCCCAGUUGGGUUUGAGUAACCAGUAUUUGACACCUAAGCAGUCCUCGAACUUCCAGAACAUUCCUCAGCAGAGCUUCGACGAACAGACCGGCUAUCAUUAU